ACUGGCUACUUUCGGCCGUCUGUAACAACAGCAGCAUCAGACAAGGGAUAACCUAAUGAUGGAAGAAUUUGAAGACAGUGAAGCUCCUCCUGCUGAGGAUCUGGCUCAAUGCAACACUUGUAAAAGAUGGUUCUUCCCUAAAGUCCUGGACAAGCAUGGUAAAAUCUGCCAAAAGACAGCAACCAAAAGGAGGAAGAUUUUUGAUUCCAGUCGACAGAGAGCUGAGGGUACAGACCUCCCCACACUUAAACCCCUCAAACCAAAGUCACAAAGUUCUUCUUCUACUGGGAAAGCAGAACCCCCUAAGAAGCCAUCCAACUGGCGCAAGAAACAUGAGGACUUCAUUGCUACCAUUCGGGCUGCCAAGAACCUCACUCAGGUCAUGAAGGAUGGGGGACCAUUACCUCCACCUCCUCCUCCUACUUAUGACCCAGACUAUGUCCAGUGCCCUUUCUGUCAGAGGAGGUUCAACCAGGGUGCAGCUGACAGACACAUCAAGUUCUGCCAGGAGCAGGCCGCCCGUAUGCCCAACAAGGGCAAGAUAGGGGAAACCAAGAAGCCUCCUCCUCGCACGCAGUGUAAGCCUCCUGCUUCUGUGAAGAAGACCAACUCUCCUGUUGUGUCAACUAUCCCUUCAGCCUCCUCUCGUUUACCCCAGAGAUCAGGCCUUGGGCAGCCCACUGGGAUCCCAGCUAGUAAGGUCUCUUCUGCAGGUUCACUGAGGAGUAAUCGCUCCGGACUCACAAGUCCUCCAUCAGGUUUGGGAAGUAAGCCCCGAGCAGUGAGCUCUGGCUAUGGCCCUGUGAGGAACACUCAAUCUGGAACAGCACUCAACAAGAAGAGAAUAGACACCUAUAUAUCAAGGAAUGAUGUUGAUGGCGAUCCCGAAGUUGGCAACGGGGGGAUGGAGAGCAAGUUCUGUCAUGCUUGUGGAACUAAGUACCCAGUUGAAUCAGCAAAAUUCUGCUGCGAGUGUGGGAUUAGGAGAAUGUGUAUCUGAUCUAAUGGAGGGCAGAAGAAGGAGAAACUAGAAGUAUGGGGAUGCACCAGUACUCAAACUAGCAUCAAGACAAUUUCACCAAAAGCUAAUUGGGCUGUGUCUACAGGCUCGUGGGUCUAAUUUCACGGUAGAGUGGUGUAAAUCGGCAGACAGCCAAAUGGUGUUUCUUUUCAAGUUGCUACUUAGUGUUCAUUGGAUUUGCUGGACAUUCUGCCUUUUUUAUACAACAAAUACAAUAAUAAUCAAAAAUAAAUGUUCCAUUUAUUACUAUAAUCACUGUGACAUCAGUGGUGAUAUGAUGUAGUAUAAAGCUAUGCUAAACAUUGGCAACAACCCUACACUGCUCAUUAUUUUCAAUUCACCUCUUCCUUACUGCUGCAACAGCAUCACAGCUGUUUCCACCAGGUCAUGCACAUGAACUUUUAUUGCUGUGGAAAAAAAAUUAAAUGUAUGUUUGUUUGGUCAUGGGACUCUAAUUAAAGCAGUCUGAGUCUGUAUUGUAAGAAAAAAAUUAUUUUAUUGUUGCUGGGCACUAAUUAAGAGCUGAGCACCUUAUAUAGCAGAGUCAAUAUCAGCAAUUGAAAGCUACUGGUGCAUCCUUAGAGGAGAGUAGAUAAAAGAUGAGUAAGACUCAUUGGAGGUGUGUGUGAUUGCCCCUGUAUCUCUAUCCCCAGUCAACCAUGAUCUAUCUGAAAUGCAUUCCUUAAUCCCAUUUGCCUCUGCUUCCUCUCAAACAGAGUACGUUCCUAUUGAAGUGCAAUAUGAUUGACUACUGAAGAAAACAAUGUGGCUUUCGAAAGGAAGUGUUGUGUAAUUUUGGAAAGAUAUCACCUUGUUUUGACAGGGACCAGUCCAAAAAAAAUUAUGUUAGCUGGUCAGUGUUCCCUUUAAGGUCGCUUUACAGGCAAAGUUUGUCCCCCAGCUAUCUUAAUGUUACCACCAUAGGCCUGACGUUUCUAGAAAAAUGUAGCAUUUCCUCAAGCCAUUUCAUUCCCCUUUAUUUUAUACAAUGUAAUUAUUUAUUUUCUUAUUCCCUUUCAUUUUACUGAAAGAACAAUGACUGCAUCUUUUCUUUUUUUUUAGUUUUGUUAAUGCUCUAUAGAAAUAAAACAUGUUUUCCUUUAGAUUUGAAUGAAAUGCACCUAAAUGCAUCUGGGUGUGCUGCAGUUGACUUUUCCUUGACAGUGUUUUUAUUGAGUCAGUAUUCAGUGCUUUAAAGGGUAUUUAGGGUAAUGGUACAGUAACACUAAAGUUAUUUUAAAUGCUCUGAACAGGACUGACACUAUGACCCCACACAGUUCAUUUACAGGCAGGACACUAAGAGGGAAAGGCCUCUACUUGCAUUGUUAAUGUUCAUUGAUUGCCACACUUUUUAACAUUGAUUAAGUAUGAAAAACUGAGUCUGUUGAGAAAGCAUUGGUUGCAAGUUUCAAUACGCAAAUAAUGUUAAUGUUACAUGACCAGAAAUGUUCACAUAGACUGGACAAGGGUGUCUUUCUGUACUAAUGACUGCAGUUGUUCAUCUGGAUAUGGUUGUGCACCUGAUGGCAUGUAUAUCCACCAUCAAUAAAUUUCUAUGACAGCAGUGUU